UCUCAUGGAUGAAGCGAAUCUCUCUUAGGAAUGUGCCCUUUCCUUUGUGGUGGCUCUUAUCUCUCUGAUUUGGUUGCUAGUCUCAUUUGAUUUGGAUCUUUUCCCAGUUCAAGUCGUGAAACUUGAUGGGUAGAAAUCUGACGCCAUCUCCAUCCAGUGGCGGUCAACCAUCACUUUCAUUUUUGGACGACAGCAGACGGAGCGUUUUCCAAGCCGCAACAACAGCAAGCAAGCCUACCUAGGUACAUGAGGUGGUAUCUUCAUGAAUUUUAGUGGAACACCACACGCUUUUCAUACUGUGCUCAAAUUUAAUUGCGCGCAGAAUCAUAUCGACCGCCAUGCGAAUCCAAGAUUCGAAAUCUCGCUCUCUACAGAACAUGUCUUAAUAAGUAUUGUUAGCCGCACUGUAUUCGUGUAUGUCUCAACGCAUGUCGACGCUCGUUUUCAAACCUGCCCAGGUGAUCUUUUCAACGUCCAGCGAUCACAUCUUUUGCAUGCGUGUGCCCGAGACCUCGACGGAAAGGAAGAGAAGAAAAAAGAGAAGGAUAGAAGAAGAUGUAUCCAUGCCUCCUCACACUGCAUGAAUGAACUUGGACCCUUUGAAACCAUUGAUGUUGAUUAUCGGAAGGAGAAAGGAUUUGUUCCGGCUGCAAAGGUAGAAACGAUGACGUCCUCCGACUCGAAACACCAUCAACCGCCAGCCAUCCCGCUCAUAUUUUCAUAUAAAUACAGUGAUCGCAAACGCUUUUCUUUUCAUUUCUUUUCGGUUCCGCCCAAUCCUCGUCGGGGCAAAUACAUCCCAUAAAAGGCCAUGCUCUUCCAUACACCUCCAUUCCCUCAUUGACUUAUCGACCGUCAAUCUCAAUCGAUCCUCAUCAUUCUUCUCCUCGUUUGCUGGAAACCACCAUUCUGGGAUAGAGCGAUCGCCUUAUUUGCCCUUGUCGGUGCCGUACUGCGUCUUGUUCCAUGUCCGGCCGGGCGCGCCGUAAUCGUCCUUCUUUUGAUCGGCGUGGUUAUCUUGGAACUCUUGGGAUUUGACGCCGCUGGGAUUCGAUUGGGUGUAGAUUUCC